CGUCUCGCGACUCCUGCACGCGCCCUGCACGUUGAGGAGGAACGGGGGAGUUUUAGGAUCUGCUCGGCUACAGCACACACUUCCGUGUUGUGUGUCACCGUAAAGCAGGAAGCACUGUAGUAACGUGUAGGAGUUAAUCUGUCCUGCUGCUGUUUACCUACAGGUGAAGUGAGAAGGAGAAGCUACAUGGAGGCUAACUAACCCAGGACCAAUCGCUGCUCAGCAUACAGGAGGAACUGCGGUACAUUAGCACCAGGAUGCCAGCCGGUAAGGAGUGUGCGGCUGCUGCGGGCCGCUGAGGCCGAGGUACAAACGCCUGGUGGACAACAUCUUCCCUGAGGACCCCAAAGAUGGUCUCAGUAAAUCGGACAUGGAGAAGCUGACCUUCUACGCCGUGUCGGCUCCAGAGAAGCUGGACAGGAUCGGAGCUUACCUGGCGGAGCGGCUGAGCCGAGAUGUGCUGCGGCACCGCACCGGGAACGUCGUGAUUGCCAUGGAGGCUCUGGACCAGCUGCUGAUGGCCUGUCACUCUCAGAGCAUCAAACCCUUCGUGGAGAGUUUCCUGCAUAUGGUGGCCAAGCUGCUGGAGUCCAGAGAACCAGACCUGCAGGUCCUGGGGACCAACUCGUUUGUGAAGUUUGCCAACAUUGAGGAGGACACGCCGUCUUACCACCGUCGCUACGACUUCUUUGUGUCCCAGUUCAGCGCCAUGUGCCACUCGACUCAUGAAGAUCCUGAGACCAGAACCAGGAUCCGUGUGGCGGGGAUUAAAGGCCUGCAGGGCGUGGUGAGGAAGACGGUGAACGAUGAGCUGCAGGCCAUCAUCUGGGAGCCCCAGCACAUGGACAAACUGAUCCCGUCCAUGCUGUUCAACAUGCAAGACAGCGAAGACCUGGACAGGGCGGGGCACCCCAGCACGCCCUCGGUGGUGGGUCAGGAGGGCGAGGAAAACCCGGCGGCGCUGGCGGAGAGCUGCUUCAGAGAGCUGCUGGGCAGAGCAGCCUACGGCAACAUGAACAACGCAGUGCGACCCGUGUUGGUUCACCUGGACAACCACCACCUGUGGGACCCCAAUGAGUUUGCUGUUUCCUGCUUCAGAAUCAUCAUGUACUCCAUCCAGGCUCAACACUCUCACCACGUCAUUCAGCAGGUUCUGAAUCACCUGGACACCAACAACAAGAACACGCCACGGGUCAGAGCCGGCAUCGUCCAGGUCCUCCUAGAGACGGUGGCCAUCGCAGCCAAAGGCUCAGUGGGUCCCACAGUGCUGGAGGUGUUCAACACUCUGCUCAAACACCUGAGGAUCAGCGUGGACUUUGAGCUUGGUGAGAGCUUGAGGAGAAACUCGAGCACCAGCGUGUCGUCCAGCCGCAGCAAAGAGAGCGAAGAGAGGAUCGUCCAGAACGCCAUCAUCCAGACGAUCGGCUUUUUUGGUGGAAACUUGCCAGACUACCAGCGCGCUGAAGUCAUGAUGUUCAUCAUGGGCAAAGUGCCAGUGUACGGGACCCCCUGCCACACCUUGGACACCGUCAAGAUUGGGCAUCAGGGCACCAAGCGGAUCCAGAUGAUGCUGCUCAGCUCGCUCCUCAUGGUGACUUCUGGCUUUAAGUCCAAGUCCAUGGCAGCUGCGUUGCCUCCUCCCUUCCUGGAUCCGCUCUUCUCCAUCUCUCUGAUGGAGGACAGCGAGCUGAGGCAGCUGGUGCUCGAGAUGCUGCACAACAUCAUCGAUCGCCACGACAACCGCGCCAAGCUACGCGGCAUCAGAAUCAUUCCUAAUGUUGCAGCUUUGAAGAUUAAAAGAGAGAAGAUUUCCAAGCAAGAUGUUGCAUUCAUGAAGAAGCAUGGCCAGCAGCUGUACCGUCACAUCUAUCUGGGUUGUAAAGAGGAGGAUAACGUCCAUAAAAACUUUGAGCUGCUCUUCACCACCCUGGCAGUUCUGACCAUUGAGCUGGCCAACGAGGAAGUGGUCAUCGACCUCAUCCGACUCUCCAUCGCUCUGCAGGACAUGGCUCUGGCUAAUGAGGAGAACAUGCCGAUGUUGAUUCGCUGUGGCGUCAUGGCGUUAGUGGCAGCGUACCUCAACUUCCUGAGCCAGAUGAUUGCAAACCCUCCCUUCUGUCAGCACGUCAGCAAGGUUAUUGAGCUGAGGACCAUGGACGCUCCGUACCUCCUCCCAGAGCACAUCUUCAGAGACAAGUGUCCACUCCCUGAAACUCUGGACAAGGAGGACAGACUGCUCUACUUCCAGACGGCCGACAUGACCGAGUGUCUGGCAGGACCGGGAUACAACGCAGAGAGACUCUCCAUCCCCUACGUUCCCCAGGUCACAGAUAAAGAUCGUAUGACGAGGAGGAAGAGUUUCGUGGACACAAUCUCCCUUCAGGUGGACAUUGUGUCCAACAACCUUCCAGACAAGUCCCAGCUAGCGGAGGAGAUCACGUUCGAGACCCUGAAGAAAGCCAUCGACACCACCGGGGUGGAGGAGCAGGAGCGGGAGAAGAGGCGGCAGGUGAUGGAGAAGUUCCAGAAAGCUCCAUUUGAGGAGAUUGCUGCGCACUGCGAGUCGAAGGCGAACAUGUUGCACGACCGGCUGGCUCAAAUCUUCGAACUCACAAUCAGGCCUCCACCCAGCCCGUCCGGAGUAGUGUCCAUCUCAUCGGGACACACUCAGCACCAGUCCGUCCCCGUCUACGAGAUGAAGUUCCCAGACCUGUGUGUCUACUGAUCACACACACACACACACACACACACACACACACACACACACACACACACACACAAUAAUGCUUAGAAAGAACUACACACUCUGUACAGCACGACGGUUUAGCACAGCGUGCAGCAGAACAGUCGUUUCUCUCCAAACAUCAACACGGUUCAUAAAUUCCAUUUUAUUUUGACGGCCUCAGAAGUGAAGACUCUUCUUCUGAAUCCAAACAUGAGAUGAAUUAUUGUUGGAAUGACUUGAAUGUGUGGAAGCUGUAAAUGAGCCGACGUGCUGCACUUCUCCAAGAACAAACAACAAACAGCUUCCCAGCACCUUGUACAUGCGUCGUAGUCUAAUAUUAAACUGGAGCGACGUAGAAGUGGAGGACGUUAGUUGUCAGGACGUCACUGGUGGUAGAAGUGGAGGACGUUAGUUGUCAGGACGUCACUGGUGGUAAAAGUGUAGGACGUCAGCUGUCAGGACGUCACUGGUGGUAGAAGUGGAGGACGUUAGUUGUCAGGACGUCACUGGUGGUAGAAGUAGAGGACGUUAGUUGUCAGGACGUCACUGGUGGUAGAAGUGUAGGACGUCAGCUGUCAGGACGUCACUGGUGGUAGAAGUGGAGGACGUUAGUUGUCAGGACGUCGCUGGUGGUAAAAGUGGAGGACGUCAGCUGUCAGGACGUCACUGGUGGUAGAAGUGGAGUACGUCAGCUGUCAGGACGUCACUGGUGGUCGAAGGCAGAUUAGUUUAUUUAAAGGUACAAUGUGUGGAAGUGAAAGCAACACUUAACUCGCUGCACGGCUGAUGUUGGGGAUUUGAACUUCAGAUGUUGUGUGUCUUGUUCACACUGAGAUGUUUGUAGAGGAACAAGACGUGGGACCCUUACAUGAGCCGAAUCGGGCUUUAUUCACCAGCAUGAUCCAGAUGUUCCGUGUCCUGCUCUCCGCGUGUGUCUGUACUUUUAGGAAACUGUAGAUGAUGUCAUCACCAGCCGUCAGACUCGCGUUUAAGUGUAAAUAUCGUUAUUUUACAACAGACUUGGAAUGAAACCUCGAGGCAGAGAGUUCCAGCGUGACUGAUCGUUGCUCUGAAAUGUUUAGAUCCGGCACGUCGUGGUAAUACAGAAUGAGCUCAAACGUCUCUUCAAUACACUGAAACAUUUCUUCUCUUCAGAUACAUAGGAAGAUUAUUAAAGCCUUCAAAGCGACGCACCGUCCGGCCGUCGAUAACAAAGCUUUUCUUGACCUCAAGACAUUUUCCAUGGAGAUGAAGGAACAGACGCCGGAUGUCCUCUGCAGCCUCUUCACCUGCAGCCUCAGGCUUCACGUGGACUCUGUUCUCUGUGUCUAUCGCUGGAGCUGCAGCCUUGAACUCCUCGCUGCUUUCUUGGCCCAAAGACACAAGUCGUUCUGUUCCAUAAAUUCAAAAACGUUUAGAUCUAAAGAUACUGCAUGUUAUCAGAGCCGGCGUCCUGCCAGCAGCCAUAUGGGGAGUUUCAUUCCAAAAUAAAAGAGACCGGCAGCAUCAAAGUUCCCCGCUCAGUCCGCCUUCAGCCACUCUGAUAUAAAGCAGCGACAUAGUGAGGAUUUAUUCAUCUUUAUCAACAGUCACCACAAGGCCACGUUUAGUUUCCAAAGGGCUCCUUCAGAUCUGCUGGAGCUGCAGCUGUGAUGUGUAAUAACAGAUGGUUAUCAGGGUUUCCUCUCAUCUGAGUGCAGUGUAGAAGAACAGAGAUACCUGCUGCCAUCGUUGGGUCGGAGCAGCUGUGCAGAGCCGCUGCUCUCCGGCUGAAGGUCGGCGUGUCACCGAGAGGUCGGGGCCGUCUGUGCAGAAGUGUUCUGUUCCUGUUUCUCUGUUGGAGGUCAGAGUUCGAAGGUGAAGGAAAGAAGUGAACGAAAGAGACGAGAAAGUUGUAGUAUGUUCUGCGAAGCAGGAAGUGUCCAGUGUCGGUACGUGUCAGAGGGUUCUGUAUGUUUGAAAUCCCCAACAUGAGCCGGAUGUUUUAGAUUUUAGCAGAAGCCAGUUUCCACCUGGUGUGAAUAUAAUACUUAUAUUAUCAGAGUUAUGAUGUUCAUGACAUUUCUCGUGUGUGUGUGUGUGUGUGUGUGUGUGUGUGUGUGUGGUGUGUUCCAUGACGUCGUCAGCUUCACGUUUAAAUAUUGAUUUAGUGUUAAACAUGUAUAGAUGUUGUUACUCAGAUCCAGAUCUCAGGUGGAGUCUCGGUUCUGCAUGAGAUGUUUAGUCGACACCAGGACUAAACUGUGAGUUUGUACUCGGAGCAGAAUUAGGGGCAGAGUUGUCUCAGAAAUAAAAAUCCCUUUAGAAAUCUUCCUCUGUAUAAACACACUGAUGCAUUGAAGUGAUUUCAUCUCCACGCUGCGUAACGUCUUAGCUGUCAAUGCAACUCUUGUGAGUAAAUCUCAUAGCUCUUUACAACAUGUGUUAUACGACCUGCAUGAUAUCUUAAUAUCACACGUGGAUAUACAUCCAUCUAAAGUUACUUCAUCGACUUCAUCUUCAGAUCUCGUGAGUCUGGCGGCGCAGACGCUGCUCUGAGGAGCGUGAGGCGUGCAGCAGAUGAAGCGUUUUGCUCAGAUGUGGCUGGAAUACAUCUUCACUUUAAUGAAUGUGUCAUUAAAGUAGUAAAUCAUAUAUUUUUGUACAUCGUGUGCGUCGUGUACGGCUGCUGCCCGGUAGAGAUUAAGAGAUGCAUUCGUGUCCAUCACAUUCUUCAGGAUGAAGACGAAUGUGGAUCUUUUUAUUUUAAGUGUUUACUUGGACGGUUCAGGGUUUCAAUGGGAUUGUGCAGUUCUUAUCCGUGAGGGAGAAAUGGAACAUUUAUGGAAAUGUUACUUGAUUUUUAAUUAUUUUUGCUCGCUGUAGAAUCAUUACAUCAUUUCAAUUAUGCUGAGAAGUGAUGUUGCACACUGCAGAGAUGUUCUCCUCAGAGGGUGCAGCUUCAGCAAAGUAUUAAAAUCCUUCCUGACUUUAGUGACAAGAUCCAAAAUCACUACAAAUCCAUUUGUAAUGGAAACGUUGAACUGAAGCGUGAGGAAACUUCAGACGUGUCGUCUCACAUCUGAGCUUUCAGGGGAAGUCUUAUUUCAGUCCAGAUCCAGUAACAUUACAACAUUACACAUGAUGGGACCUGCAGGUGCAGAACUCAGAGCAGGAUUAUAAGACCAAGAAACAAAAGUAAUGUUUCACACUUUUCUUCAUGUUGCACUAUCGAUGUUUAUCAAGCUGCAGGACGGUGGAAAAGGUUUUUUUCAUGCUGAUGUGACGAGAACAAGAACAUCUGGACCUGAGCUGCAACCUCAGUGAAGUGAACAAGUUUAAAUUCCUCUGGAUGCAGAAGUCCAACAUCUCUGCCACUUAAAUAAAGUAUAUUUAUAGAUUUAGCUCAUCAGCAGAUGUAUUAAUAAUAGAAAUGCUGAACGUUUAAUAAGCGUCUGAAUGAAACAUGUUUGCACUUUGAUCACUGUGCACCUGCGACUACAGCGAGAGUGAAUCUGCACAGUUACUGUUUGGUACUUAAUCAUUCAGGUGUUUCAGUUUGUGGGAUGUUGUGUUCAAGAACCAGUCUGUGAAUCUGUGAAGUCCCUCCUGACUGGUGACUGAAGUCUUAAAGUCCCGUCACUACGACCAGCGGAGAGACCUGCUUCACUUCAGACCGCUGGACACAAACACAAACCAUCACCAUGAACUAUUCUCACUUUGUUUCAGUUCACCAGCUGGAUUCUGCAGAAAGAUGAAGUGAAAGCAUUAAAAACUGAGCUUCUGAUGUUUUCUGAUGUUUGUGCCAGUCGUAGAGAUUACAGGUGUGUGUUCAGUGCGCAGCUGCAGCUCAUGACUUUAACCACUAGACACGCUGAGGUUCUGCUCCCGCUGCAGGAUCCUGACGUGAACUUUCAUUCUGAAUGUACAAACUACUUUCACUGCGUCAUUGUUUAUGUGACGCUUUCAUCCUGAAGAUGUUUAUUCAUAAAUAACAUCUGCUAAAUAUGUUUGGCAGCAGCUGAGUGAGACUCAGUGUUAGAAACAAUAUGUUUUGUUUUUAUAACUCUGUUUAUAACAGUGUAAUAAACUGUUAUAACACAGUGUUAUAACAAUAACUGGUUAUAACAGUGUUAUAACAAUAACCGGUUAUAACAAUAACUGGUUAUAACAGUGUUAUAACAGUGUUAUAACAAUAACCGGUUAUAACAAUAACUGGUUAUAACAGUGUGUUAUAACCAGUUAUAAGACAGUGUAUAAGACGUGUCGUGUCCUUCAGUGGCAGCAGAGCCGCAGCGCUUCAUAUCAAAGUCUCUAUUUAAUAGUAAAGUGUGAGAUUGAUGUUCGAGAUUAAAUAAAUAAAAUGUUUCUAUCAACAA